GCCACAACACAUUUUAAUCAUGUAGAUGUAUCGGGUGUCACUUUUUAGGCACAUCCAUAGCUACAUAUGAUCUUCCUGACCCCCUCAUCUUCGACGGGCCGUCUGGGCGGCUUCAGCCUGUUUGUUUUGAAGGCGGCCUGGCAGCGGCCAUCUUACUUUCUAGAUGAACGAAAACAGGGCAUCCUAUUGCCACAUAGUUAAUAUCAGUUGUUAUUAGCAAUGUACAAGACCUGUUAAACUUCAGUGAACAUCAUGCCUCAUUUCUAACGAAGUAAUCAAUAAGUAGUACACUUACAAUUAAAAGCUCUUCUUUUGAUCUAUCGGCAUAAGAUUUUUAUCAUUAUUGCACCAGUAUUGGCUAAUUACGCAAGAGUGUAGUAUGCUCACGUUUUCUUUACACACUAAAAGGUUUCGUAUCUACCAGUAAAUGCAAUCAGCACAAAUCUAUUAUAGAAGAAACGAACAAUGUUUAAGUAACCCUCGAAGAAUAGGGAAGUUUUCUGUGACCCCAGUCCAAGUAGGCCUGCAUGCUUACCAUUGCUUGGGCACCAGUGUUUCUUUCCUUUAAACCCAACUACCCACCCACACAUACACAUCCUUAUUCAUCUCCCCACAUUUCUCUUCUUCCCUUUCUACUUUCCUCCCUCCUCUUCCUUGUAUUCCCUUCCUCCCGUCCUUCCCUGCCUUCCCUUCCUCACAUGCACCCUCAAACUGUUUGAAGAGGGAAAGGCAUGAUGGUGGGUUGUAUGGCUCAUGGCUGUUUUAACCAGGACACGAAAGCCACACGAGACAGGGGCAUCACAUUUCACAGAUUUCCUGUAAAUACGAAGAGAUGUCACCUAUGGUUAAAAAACACAAAAUGGAUAAACUGGACACCGGAUGAGAAUUCAUCGCUGUGCUCUGACCACUUCACUCCCGAGUGUUUUGACAAGACAGGCCAAACAGUGCGCCUGCAUCCCUCAGCAGUGCCAACAGUGUUCUAUUUCCCUCCACAUCCUCACAAGAGAAACAAUAAGUCAAGAAAAUGUCAGGCUCGUGUAGAGAAGGUUCCAGGUGAUGCUGAGGUUGGCACAUCUUCACCAUGGAAGACUGUGUCAUCACAUCCACUGAGUCCAGUCAUUCCUGUAGCUCAAGUACUUUCACCAAAGGAAAUCUUGCCAGUACAUUCACAGGAAACAUCAGCACCGGUUCAACAGCUUGCAUCACUCCCACGUCCAGGAUGUUCAGGUAUUAACGGCAAGCACAAAUCCAUGCCAUCACCAAGUACAUUAACUGUAGAAAAUGAGAAGUUAAGGAAAAAUAUAAAGGAGUUGGAGAAAGAGAAGUUGAUGAACAAGGAAUUCUGCCAAAAUGUGAUGUCCAUGGAUUCCCUUCCUGACAUAAGGAAGAGGUUCUACACUGGACUUCCAUCCCCAGCUGUGAUCACCUGGCUCAUCAACCUGGUCUGUGGAUGUUUCAGGGACUUCAAAGAAAUCAGUCCACCAGACCAGCUCUUACUGACUCUGAUGAAGCUGAGGUUGGGUCUUUCCACAUCUGAUUUAGCAGUUAGAUUUGGUAUUACUAAGAAAUUGGCCUCUGUUGUAGUUGAAAAUGUUAUCCAGAACAUGGCUUGCAAAUUGAAGUUCUUGAUUAGCUGGCGAUCUAAGGAUUCGCCACUAAACGAAUUCAAUGCCUCUACAGCUAACCAAGAUAAAUCAACCAUCAUGAUUGACUGUUUAGAAUUUCCCAUUGAGGAGCCACUCACCCCAUCAGCCAGAGCUCAGACAUGGAGUGAGGGCAAGGAGUGCAGCACCAUUAAGGUAGUGACGGGCACGGCACGCCAUGGCUUGAUAAUCUUUGUAUCUCAGUCUUGGGGUGGGAAAAUAUCCAACAAAGAAUUGAUUCUUCGUUCAGGCUUUUUAAGUGAAAUUGAGUCAGGUGAUAUAGUGAUGGCAAACAGGGAUUUUUAUAUUGGAGAUGACUUACAUGUUUUGGGAGCAAGUUUUCAGAUUCAUCAAUCUAAACCAUAUUCUGUAAACAGACUGAGGCAUUCUGCUAUGAAGUAUACAUUUGAAAGACUUAAGGCUUAUAAGAUACUGUCAAAACCACUCCCUCUCUCCAUCCUUCCUUACUUUGAUGAGGUUCUUGUUUGUUGUGCGGCCCUCGGAAAUUUACACCUAGCAUAAGUUCUUGAGACUUCUUAAGUGUACAUACUUUUUUACCACUUUUGAUAUUGCCUGCUUGUAUCUGUUCCUCAGCACUUUCAAACUUACUGCUGCAGGUUGUGUGAAGGGGUCCAUGGGAGUGCCCUUUAUUUCUUUUGCAUCGUCAUAAAACACCUUCCAGAUUAUCAGAAAGGCUCUAUAACUAAGUACAUUUCUUAGUGUAUUUCCUAUAUUUUUAUACUGUAAUUUUUUUUAUUAAAAAUAUUGUCUAAUCACAGACAAAAAAAUUUAAUGUAAUUAUUAUUGUGAAUUGCCUAAUACAGAGAAGUGAUGAGGUGAAAGGGGAUUUUUCAUGCAACAAGAAACAAGAAAAUGGAGAGUUUUGCAGGGCCAUGUUCAGCCAUAUUGGGCCCCUGCAUCUGUUUAUAAACCAACAUCUCUGUUACUCAACAAAUGAUAGUGUUGAUGCUAAAAUAAUAACCUAUUAACACAAAAUUAUCUCAUUGAUCA